AUGGCGUCCAGAAAUCGGCAUCAAGUGCCUAUCCAAACGCCUGAGCUCAUGCUCUCCGAUUCAGAAGAUUCGUACUACUCGAGCGAAGAUGAGAUGAGUGAACGAGACCAGACCAACCAUCUUCUGAGACAAGCACAUCAUUACGUUAUCACCGAAGGAGGUAAAGACUCGCCCGCCACUUAUAUGGAACGUAUCCAACGCAUCGACCGAAGCCUACUGCGCGAGAUUGUCAAGUAUAGUUACGAAUGCGAUUCGAAGUUGUACCGUGCCGUCAGACAAAAGGUCGACCACGUGCAGCGUGAGUUCGAGGACGCUGUAGAUGCAGAAUCUAGCGUCUGCACCUACGAAGAGAUGCCCGAGUACUACACUGCAGCCGCAGAGGAGGUUCUGUACCGUAAGGAGUCCAGUCCUUUGAUAGCCAAAGCCUCAUCUGUUCGACAUAAGACAAAACCCACUACGAAGGACGAACUAGAGAGGACAUACCUGUACGGAGGCCCUGGUAACGAUGCCGAGCAAUGGUACAAAAACUACCCAACAUCUCUCCCCUUCCCAGAGACUAUUCGCAUGGCCGACUGGGAGAGCUUGCGGAUUCAUUACGACCUUGCUACCACCGGAAGCCUAGACAGCAAGGAGCCUGUUAUUUCCAUUGGUGUGUCUUUCAAAGACCCUCUCCUUGCGCAUCACGAUAAUCUGGCUCGGUAUGAGUCUGGGUCGCGCUUCAAGCUACCUGUUGUUCAGCCCUCGGACGUGGCGAAGGUCAACGAGAUAAAUACGCCUGAGAAGCUUUAUGAAACUAUCAAUGCUUUCAAUCAGGGCGACAGCACGACUGAUAAGAACGGAGAGUAUAAUUACGCUCCACGGGUUUUCUUAGACAAACUGGAGGUUAAUCGUCAGAUCGAUCGAGCGAAGCAUAUUGACCCUGCUACAGUCGUCGACGACGUCCGCUGCGCGGUCAACAAAACACCUACCAGACCACACCCGAGCCACUGCGGUGACGGCUACGCGCCAUCGGUAACCCAUGAGCCGUUCAACAAGCAACGAUCAGCGCCCACUUCCAGUCCAGAAAAUGUCAUCAUUCCGCAUCCCAUCCGGGUUGAUAAGGGCAAUAACUUCUUAGGCGCCAGCAGAGUACCCCGUAGCAACGAACCUCGCCCUCAAACUAUAAACCCGGAACCUUCAUCUCGCGUUGGCUGCGCCAAAUCUCCAGCAAUUCGCCGUAUCAAAGCCGCAACCGAAGCCGCUAUUCGCUCUUCUCCACAACCCCAAAGCCCACCAGCGCAAUUCGAGGCAACCCGUGUCUUAAUCCCUAUGAAGAGACCUUAUGGCCAUCCAUGCAAGAACCUUGUUCCAGGGGCCACGAUACCCAAGUGUCGGUCCACUGCGGGUGGUACAAAGCGCAAACGCCUCAGCAAAGAUGCAAGCUACAAGCCUCUUGCCGACGACGCAGAAGACGAAGAGGAAGUAGACGAGGCUGAAGAGCCGCCAGCGAAGCAGAAGCGGACCGCAGCAAUGUAUGAGAAACACACGAGCGUGCGCGAACUCAAACUGGAGGGUACAAAGUCUUCAACCCCCACCACGGUCGAGGGCCCAAAGACGCCUGCGCUGACGCCUGAUCUGACGCCUGCUCUGACUCCCGCGUCAGGCAGCUCAAUGGCUUCCACGCCGCCCGCGGGCAAGGCCAGAGCGGCGGGCAAGCAGAAGCGGAAGAUACGCACGAAGAGGGAUUUCGAGGAGCGCGUCUCGCCGGAGAAGUAUAGGGAAUUGAUGGGGUCGCGCCAUACGCCUUUGCCUGCCGAGGGGCAUGAGAGCGUAACGCGAGGAAGUACUCGGAGUGGUAAGCUUCGUGCGGUGUAG